CGACGACGUCCCUGACCAAGGAGAAAAGAGCUGACGACCUGAGAGAGGAGAAAAGAGACCGAAGCUGAAAAAUGUUGUCUCUUAAGGAGCUCUCAGCCUAUGAAACACCAUCCGUUGCUGAACUGCAGGACUUCCUGUUGGCUGACAGGCACCCCACUGGACAUGUCAACCAAGUGUGGCCCAAUGUGUACAUUGGCAAUGAAGUUGCAGCCCGUGACAAGUCCACGCUGUACAGUAUGGGGAUCACCCACAUAGUCAAUGCAGCCAGUGGCCCCCCUCACGUAAACACUGGACCUCGCUUCUACAGGGACAUGGCUGUAGAUUAUUAUGGGGUGGAGGCUGAUGAUUCCACAGACUUCCUCAUAAGCUUUUUCUUCUACCCGACAGCAAGAUUUAUACAUGCCGCAUUGUCCAAUAAAGGGAAAGUGUUUGUGCAUUGCUUGAUGGGAGUCAGCCGCUCGGCCACGCUCGUCUUGGCCUUUCUUAUGAUCUGUGAACAGCUGACCUUGAAGGAGGCAGCACGAGUCGUCCGGCAGCACCGAGACAUUUGCCCCAACCCUGGCUUUCUCAAUCAGCUCCGUCACCUCGACAUGAGCCUCGUGCGGGACAGGAAGAGAAAGCUGGAGCCUACAAGCACACCGAGCUUUAAAGAGAAGAUGAAGUCUAACACUUCAAAACAGAGCCAAAUCAAGAAUACACAAAAGCCAGCACAGGAUGACCCAGACAGUGAGUACAUCACCCCCGAGCUGUUUGAGCUGCAGAAACUCUUCUGGCAAGGCACAGCAGCAGCUUACACCCACAUCAACGAGGUCUGGCCCGGCGUCUACAUCGGCGAUGAGAAGACCGCACUAGAGCGCUACAAUCUGGAGAAGAUUGGGAUAACCCACAUCCUCAACGCAGCCGAGGGAAAAUGGAACAAUGUCGCUACAGGUCCAGAUUACUACCAUGGCAUGGACAUUUAUUAUUAUGGAGUGGAGGCAGAAGACAUUCCAACUUUCAACCUCGCACAGUUCUUCUACCCGGCAGCUCAAUUUAUUGACCAGACACUCAGCAAUCCAGAGAGUAAACUGCUGGUGCACUGCGUCAAGGGACGAAGUCGAUCAGCUACUUUAUUUUUGGCUUAUCUAAUGAUCUUCAAGAACAUGACUGUCGUUAAUGCGAUUGAUCAUGUGAAGAAGCAACGCUGCAUUUUACCCAACAGAGGUUUUCUAAAGCAACUUAGAGUCCUGGAUGUUCAGCUUCAAGAGCAAAGGCUGAAGCUGGGAACUAAAAAUUCAGACAACAUAGCCUUAAACUCGUAGCCUAAACUUCUGGAUUAAUCAUGUGGAAGAUAAAUUUUGGCCAAAUUGAAUUAAAUACAGAACCUGGAAACAGGCUAUUUUUUUGCCAGCAGCAUACCUCAGGAGUUUUUACC